AUGUCAUCAACUAGUUGCAUAUCUAAUCAAAUAAAGACAUUACAAGAAGAACUAAGACUUCUUCGCAAGGAAGCGGAAUCUCGAAGGCACACAAUCACAAAAGAACUGGCAAGCACAUCUCUUACUGCUGAGCUGCAGGAGAUACACAGAGCAAUAUAUAAUAUCAAGUCCUUAAAAUGGGGGACAUCAUUUCCAGAGUUUCCGAUAGUUUCCACUGAACUAGAGAAAAGUCAGAAAGAGUAG